AUGCAAAUUUUCAAAGCUGCUUCUAUCUUAGCCUUGGCUGCUAAUGCUGUUGCUGACUUGACUCAAUAUCAAUUCUUUGCUGAAUCAGACAACCAAGACAUCAACGGGCACGGGUUAUACUACUACGACGAGGGAGGGUCCACCAACUACUACUUUAUUGCAAAUGACACUGACGCCUCAUCUGCUUCUACUGUCACUUAUGAUUCCGACACCCAAGAGUUUUAUCAUCAGGUUAGUCCACAACAGAAAUACGUCGUUACUGAUGGCACCAAUAGUGUUUUCCAAUUAAGUGGACUGGGCCAACCAUUGACGGGUGAUAUUAGCUCCAAUGGUGUUGUAUUUUUCGGCAGUCCCUAUAAAUUGUCUGCUGUUAAGAAUAUUGGCGACCCAAAGGGAUACUCGGACUACAACUAUGGUAUCCUCACCACAGAAGUUGCAAAUGGGAUUUCAGUUACUAUUAUUGCAAAGAAGGUUUGA